CUGAAUCGCAAUCUUAUCUGAACAUAGAUAACAGGUACCACAAUAGGUUAACAUUCAACGCGAUUUCACACAGUCAGUGAAUUUUGUUUCAUUAUUGUUCGGUUGUGAAUUAUUAAGUUUUCCAAAAUGAUCAGGGAGAAAGAAUUGAAUAUGAACAUGCGAUGUAUCAAAUAUAUGAUUUUCGUCGCAAAUUUCAUGUUUGUGUUGGUUGGAUUCCUGCUUAUUUCUAUCGGAACGACUAUAAAAGCUAUCUACAGUGACUUUGAUGAAUUUCUGAUUGACCACUACUACAAUGCAUCAAAAUUAGCUAUUGCCGUUGGGAUUAUAAUAUUUAUUGUCUCGUUGUUCGGAUGUGUCGGUGCCCUGAAAGAAAGUGUUUGUCUCAUGAAUAUGUUUGCACUUUCACUCUCAUUGGUGCUCAUUCUUGAAUUCGCUACAAGUAUUGCUGCUUUAACGAUGAGGGGGGAUAUUCGUGAAGAGAUAAGAAAAGAAAUGAACAGCUCUAUGGAUUAUUAUGAAUCAUAUGCUGACUUCGUCUGGGAUGCAACACAGUAUAACUUACGUUGCUGUGGUAUUGAUGGCCCUAAUGACUGGAAACGUUAUGAAGGAAAAUACAACUUGAAGCCUGUUGUGAAUUCCAUUAUUAAUUCUUCAACUGAGUAUGCGGUUCCUGAUUCAUGCUGCCGUUCCGAGAGAUGUUCUAAUGAGACCAGUCUGUAUAAACGGGGUUGCUUGAACCAGAUCACCCUAAUUGUUACAGAGUGUGCUCUUUUGUUGAAAAUAGGAACAAUGUGUAUUGCGUUCAUACAGUUACUUGGAGUCAUAUUUGCUCAUCUGCUGGCGAGGUCGAUAAGACGUAUAAAAUCUCAGAUACAAGUAGAUAGAAUGGUGAGAAAGCAGCAAAUAUACGAGCAGUUUACUCAAGGGUCUCUUAACAGUGAAAAUAAAAGUCCAGUUCUAUAUACUCCCUCAAGCUCUGAAGCGUAGUCUAAUUCUCAUAAGAUUUAUUUGACCAAUUCUAUACGAAUUGACCAAACAUGUAUCGUUAUAUAACAGUUCAUAAUUCAUAGUUUAAAAUAUUCACAAUAAUGAGUUAUGUUAGUAUCACUUAUUGUUAAUUCAAAACUGAUAAGUUUCAAUAAAAUUUUAAAUAAUGGAACUCGUAG